UCAGAAAGACUUAGGGGCUGCAAAACAAGACGUCUGUCUACUUUGUCUAUUGAACUUUGUUUACUUUGUCUAAGAAUUGUUUGUGUAACUUUUUUUUAUUAAACAAUGAUGUAAAUUAAAAUAUAUUAAUUUGCUGAGUCGUUAUUACUCAGUAACAUUAAUUGUGUUUGUACAAACUGUCAACGAGCAGCUGUUUUGAUUUAUAAGCGUAUGUGAUUGAAGAGUGACCUUGUUAUAUUAUUUUUGCCAAACGAAAUGUAGUGCUGAUUUGUUUUUGUUUUGUUUUUUCCCUUAUAAACUAUUUUAGUAGCUUUUGCUUUAUUAUGAUUCUGAAGAUGAAAAGCAGUUUUACCUGUGUGGUUGCAGGAGUUUUCUUAAAACUAUGUAUUUCCCUUUCAGGUUUUUGUUUAGUAGAAGCAACUGUAAGGAAUGAAAGAGAAAAUUUACAUUUUUCAGAUAAUCUUUCAAGUGAACAAAUUUUUUUAAAAAAUGAAAUAAAUCCAAAGUUUGCUGAUGAACAUCAUUAUUAUUUGCCUCAACAAACUGUAUUUGGAUCAAGUGUUUUGUCGACCAGUGAUGGUGUUUUUGUUACCUCACCUCCUCAUUUAUUAAUUAAUCCUGCUCCAAUACAAUCAGAGCCUGAACAGAGUACUAGUGCUAUAUAUCAAAAUUUGCCUGCAGAUGAUGAUUGUGUUACUUCCAGUUUAAGUCAUUGCAUUCUUGAAACACCAUCUUUUACAAUUGAAUCUGAAUUAUUAACUUCAGAAAAUUGUAUUAAAGAUAGCAUUAUACUAGCAGGACACAUUGAAGUACCUUCAAAGACAAGCAGUGAAAAUGAUGCUUCUGCAAUGUCUAACAUAGUUUCCCAGCCAUCAAUUGCAUUGCAAGGGACUAAGGUUCAUGCUCAGGCUGGUACGUUUUAGUAUUUAUAACUUUACAUGAUUCUUCACCUCUUAAA